ACUAAUUUGUUUUGUCAGUUUUGGCAUUGACAGUUCUUUUACAUACGAAAUAAAAUCAGAAUUUUGUAAAAAUUGCCUCUUUUAUAAUUAUUACGCCGAAUACUUCGACUUGAUUAAGAUUUUCUGGAGAACCGGUGUGUUGCAGCGUGAUGGCUGAUAAUCCGAGUAGCGACGGUCUCUCAGAGGCAGAAAGAUUGAGAGAGGAAGAGUUGGCGCGAGAACUUGACCACAGCGAUUCAAUAGAAGAUGAUUGUCAAGAGAUCUCGCUAGAGAUUGAAGAGAAAUUACUUAAAGAUGAACCAGAAUAUACAACGCUAGUAAAUUACGGAGAGUCAGAACAAAAUACGAUUUUGGAGAGUGAAGUGAUUGAGACAUACUCAGACAGCUCGCAGAAUGUGGAAACUGUACACAAAGCUGAUGAGUUGGGUAAUAUUUAUACUGAAAACUCAGAUAACUAUACACAACAAAACACGAUCAUCGAUGUUGCAGACCAAUAUGGUUCGUAUGAGAGUGAAUAUUCAUUUGACAACUCCAGCAUGAUGUUAAAAUCGGAUAAUGUUGAUAAAAGCAUUGCCGAAGACAUUGAUAACACUAUUGUGCCAAACAUAAAUGAUUUCCAACAGAGUGAAUCUUCUAACCUUGAUGCUCAGACAGCUGAGGAUAUUAUGAAUGAAAGAGAAAGGGAAAAGAAAAGCAAAAAAGAAUUAGAAGAAGAGGAACGAGAAAAGAUGCAGGUCCUGGUAUCAAAUUUCACUGAAGAGCAGCUAAAUAGAUAUGAAAUGUACAGACGAGCAGCUUUCCCAAAGGCAGCGGUCAAGAGAUUAAUGCAGACUAUCACAGGAUGUUCAGUCGGACAAAAUGUUGUCAUAGCCAUGUCCGGUAUUGCUAAAGUUUUUGUUGGUGAAGUAGUUGAGGAAGCUUUGGAAGUCUUGGAGAAGUCCGGUGAAGCUGGGCCAUUACAACCUAAACAUCUCCGUGAAGCACUAAGGAGGCUUCGGGUACGAGGCACCAUACCGUCCAGAAAAGCUCAUAGGGGAUUAUUCAGGCUCUAGUAAUAAGUAACAUUAAAUCAAUAUUAGUGGAACGAGUUUUUUGUGUAGUCAUAUUUUAUUAUAUAAUUCAGCCUAUAAUUUGGUUGACUUGUUCAUUGACUAAUGAAAAAAUCAAUACUAAAUUAUAUAUCAUGUCACACAUUGCAUUCUUAAUAAAAUAAAGACCUAUUCCAAAAUUGCCAAUUUGUGAGAAUUAUCAAACAACUAAUUUCUGUUAUCGACCUUUUUUUCCCUUUUUUUUCAUGCUAUAGGUUUCAUUUUUACCUAUCUCUAAUGAGCUCAUUUUUAUAGCAACUUCAAAAAAAGAUAGCAAAGAAAUAUUAGUUUUCCGACGACUGCCACAAAUUAACACUUUUGAAAUAGGUCAUUAUUUUAUCGAGAGUGCGACAUGUUUAACCCUAAAAGGUUAGGCAGAGUUAUAACAGUGCACCUAUAUUUUGAUAAUCUGAUAAUUUUAAAUCAUCUAUACUAUUAUUAUAUAAAGCUGAAGAGUUUGUUUGUUUGUUUGAACGCACUAAUCUCAGGAACUUACUAGUUUGAAUGGAAAAAAUAUUUUAUUGUUUGUUGGCCGAUUUAUCAAGAAAGGCUAUAUCACAUCACGCUAUGACCAAUAGGAGUGGAGCAUCAGUUAAAAAUGUUGCAAAAAUGGUCUGUGUUUAUAUUCAUUCUGAGAGUUUCCAUUACGUGCGCUGUCAAAAUAGUCAAAGUUACGCAACAAAUAUGUAUGACUGAAUUGUUGAUCCUAAAUAGUUUUAAAAAUAUAUUAUAAAACCAAGUCUCGCGCUGUAUUUGUCUGCCUGUCUAAACGCGAUAAACAGAAAAACUACCCAACGGCUUUCGAUUAAAUUUCGUAUGGAAUUAGUCUCUCAGACUAAUGAAAAGGCCAUAGACUACUUUUUUCCCGGAAAACUCUCACGGGGGUGUAGCCGCGAGCAUAAACUAGCAAUAAAUAUAAGUAAUAAACACCAUAUACACAAACUGCCUUCUAUUAACAAUAAUAAUUUAUCUGUAUUAAAGCCCAUUUUACACUGAGAUAGAUGCCAACAUGCAGUGCCGGCUUUAGGGUCGGACGUCACAGGCAUACCCUGGAACUAAAAAAAAAGUCGCCAGAAAAAACACCUACAUUCGCGACAGCUCGCUAAGGCCGGCCCUGCUCACAUGGUGAAAGGUCAUAUUCAAGUGUUAGAUUUAUGUACUCGAACUGUUUUUGCCUAUUAUUCAUACGUAAUAAUUAUUACUAUUCACUUUUUUUAUAGUACUUAUCAUCAAAAACAAUUAGCGUCUUUCAUAUGAGGAGACUGAACAAACGGUGUAAGCAAUAAUCUGUAGGGAGAUGGGAGUUAAUCCCGCAUUAUUUGACACGAGAUAGUUUUAUUAAGGCAGUCUUAUCAUCUAGUCUUCAUGGAAAUUCAUAAACGACGUUUACAUUGGUUAAACUGUUCAUCGAAUAAUUUAACAUGUAUGUAUUUCGGGAAACUUUUUAUAUCAAAUAAACUUUAUGGGUUUAUUUAUGAGUGUAAAUAUUAACAUUAGGAUAUAAGUAUAAAUGUAACUGCUCUUAAUUCUCAAGUCUUUCUCGACAAAUAAUGGACGUAGAUACGCAAAAAGGAUCCAGCCCACAAAAUGACACUUUUGAGAUAGUGAAGAUUGAAGUUUUAAGUCGUAUUUUUGCUCAUUAAUAUUCUAUUUUAUAUUUUGUCAGUAAAAAUUACAAAUUAACAUAUUUUGACUGAGAUUUAUUAAUGGAUAAUAACAUCUAUCAGAUAGACUAGAACUAAUUUGGCAUACUCGGCGUUCUUUGUUGUACUCUUUUGUAUAUCUACGUCCUAAUGUAAGUCAUAAGUCAGUAGUAAUUUAUAGGAUGUGAUAUUGUAAUGAGCACUAUGAUGUUUGAGCGUAGUGCGUUUAUAUGCAACUAGCAAGUAGUUCAUUUUUGAGUAUAUCAAAAAGCAGUUGGUAUACUUUCUAUUCAACUUCAAUAAUAUACAUACAAAUAGCAAUAUAUAAUCAAUUGUGUAGAAAGUAUUUAGACGAUAUCUCAUUAAUUUGUUAGUGAUUCUUAUUACAAAUAAACAUUUUGAUAUUUGAAAA